AACGGUGUCAUCUUCGCUUCAUAAACGACGAUGUUCUUGACUCUAUUUUGAAACGACAUCGUAUUCGAUUUGCAACGUCCACAAACGGCGUCGUUUGUUAUACCACUAUAACGUUUUGUUGUGGCCGUUUAUGGGAAUAAAACAACACGCAUGUUACAGCAGAAUGGGUUUAGAAAUUGUCGGAGAAGAAGAGUUGGGGAUUUUGGUAGUGGGAAUCGAUUUCUUUUGUGUCUGAAGCUGCGAAUUCGAUUCAAUUAGGAGUGACAAAGGAUUUUAAUUUCUUUUGGGUCUGAAGUCUCCAAAUCAAAUAAUUCAGAGACGAACCCUAAAUGGCAGCUACUGAAGAUUCGAAGAUGUCUCCGGUGAAUUCGUUUGGUGCUGUCGUUCUCGGCGGUACGUUUGAUCGAUUACACGAUGGGCAUCGAAUGUUCCUCAAGGCAGCGGCGGAGCUGGCUAGGGAUCGGAUCGUAGUGGGAGUGUGUGAUGGUCCAAUGUUGACGAAUAAGCAAUUCGCUGAAAUGAUACAACCCAUUGAAGAAAGGAUGCGUAAUGUGGAGAAAUAUGUCAAGUCUAUCAAGCCCGAGCUGGUUGUACAAGCCGAACCCAUUAGUGAUCCAUAUGGUCCUUCUAUCGUCGAUGAAAAUUUGGAAGCUAUUGUAGUCAGCAAGGAGACGUUACCCGGUGGCUUGUCAGUUAACAGAAAAAGAGCAGAAAGAGGGCUUUCUCAACUUAAGAUUGAAGUUGUGGAAAUAGUGUCUGAUGGAUCGAGUGGGAAUAAGAUAAGUUCGAGUACUCUGAGAAAGUUGGAAGCUGAGAAAGCCGAUAAACAAAAACAACCGAGAGAAACGGUUCCUUGUUUAACAAGCAUUUAUUGGGUAAAGGGUUUUACAAAGAUGAAUGAUCUGAUGACAAAAUCGUUCUUAAGUUAUGUUGAAUUGAAGAAACAAGCGAAGAAAGAUAUGGAAUCUGAUCGAGAUUUGGAGAAAGGUGAAGACUUUAACUUCGAUUUCAGUCCAGCGGAUGAAGAAAACCUCUCCGGUUUCUUUCAAGAAAUCGAAACCAUCAAAACCCUAAUCGAAGAGAUCACUCAUCUCUUACUCGAUCUCCAAAACCUAAACGAAGAAACCAAAUCAACUCACAGUACCAAGAUCUUACGUGGGUUAAGAGACAGAAUGGAAUCAAACAUCGUCACCAUCUCUCGUAAAGCCAACACAGUCAAAACCCUAAUCGAGACUCUUGAGAAGAGAAACGUUGUGAAUCGUACGAGUUUCAAGGAAGGAUCUUGCGUGGACAGGACAAGAACUUCGAUAACUAAUGGAGUUAGAGCGAAACUGAGAGAGACGAUGAGUGAGUUUCAUCGAUUGAGGGAAAGAAUCUUUGCUGAUUACAGAGAAGAUCUCAAAAGGAAGUAUUUUUUAGCGACUGGUGAAGAACCAAGUAAUGAAGACAUGGAGAAGAUGAUCUCUGGAUCUGGGUCUUGUUCUGAUUUGGUUAAGACAUUUGAAGGGAAGCCAGAGAUGGAUUUGAAGACUAAAGAGAGACAUGAAGCAGUGAAUGAUAUCAAGAGGAGUCUUAAUAGGCUUCAUCAAGUGUUUCUUGACAUGGCUGUUCUUGUUGAGACUCAAGGAGAUCGAAUUGAUGACAUUGAAGCUAAUGUUGCUAAUGCAGGGAGCUUUGUGAGUGGAGGUACUAAUAGUUUGUACUAUGCUAAUCAGAUGAAGAAGAAGACUAACAGUUGGGUUCUUUGGGUUUCGAUUUUGGGUGUUCUUAUUCUUCUUGUGUGUGUCAUCUCAAUGCUUGCUUCUCGUUAAGUGUUUUGAGAAGAGAUUUGGUUGUUCUUUUGUUCUAGUUUUAUUUCAUUAGAUGUUUUCAUGUUUUGUGUAUCAGAAGAAACUUCAGGUUUUGUAUUCAUGAAUCUUUGUCCACAAAUCUUUUGUGUUGAUCAUAUUAAUGUCUAAGAGAGAAGAAACAAGUGCAUGAUGUAAUGUUUCGAUUGG